AUGUCAUUAGUAACAUUGAAGAAAUCAAUAGCAUCCUUUUUCAAGGAUGAAUCGGACUCGGAGGUCUCCCAAGUCGACAGAUUAUUGAACCAGGGGGUUUCACCAUACGGCGCCACCGAAAAUCCAGACAGAGCUCUGCAAAUUGCCAAUGAGGAGGCUAUCAUAAAUGCGCAAAACAGCGUAAACUCCAAGAAUGAAGAGGAUGAAGAUCUCCACAAUGGACUUUUCCACAGCUUCGAUCCAAGAGUGAUGUCGGACAUCAUUAUCGGUUUAUCUGACGGUUUAACUGUUCCAUUUGCAUUAACUGCUGGGUUAUCGUCCUUGGGUGACUCCAGAUUGGUUAUCACUGGUGGUAUGGCUGAGUUAGUCUCAGGUGCCAUUUCCAUGGGUCUUGGUGGUUACUUGGCUGCCAAGUCGGAAGAGGACUACUACAAGUCCCAAGUAAAGAAGGAAAAGUUGGAUUUCUUCAAGAAGCCUGAAUUGAUUAAUCAAGAAGCCGCUGAAAUUCUUUUCGAAACUGGUGCCUCUGAGAACACCAUCGCAUCCUUUUUGAAAGAUAUGGAUAACCAACCCAAGAAUCUUAUUGAUUUCGUCAUCAGAUUCGGUAAGGGUUUGGAAGAACCUGCCGAAGGUAGAGAAAUCACAUCUGCAUUAACCAUUGGUCUCUCAUACUUUUUAGGUGGAUUUAUUCCAUUGAUCCCAUACUUUUUCUGCUCCGUUGUGCAUACUGGGUUGAUUAUUUCUGUUAUUGUUAUGUCUAUUACUUUGUUUAUUUUUGGUUGGAUCAAGACUUCUGUUUCUUUAGGUGACGACUGUGGAAUGAACAAAAAGUUUAUAGAGGGGACGCAAAUGGUUAUUAUAGGAUCUGUGGCGGCGGGGGCGGCAUGGACCUUGGUUUACUUUAUUGAUAACUAA